AUGUACAAAAAAAAUGUUGAUAAUGAUCAAACAAAUAAUAAUAAUGCAUUUGGUGAUGAUGAUGAUAAAACAAUAGAUAGUGAUGAAGAAGCAGAUGAUGAUUAUAAUGAAACAAAUCCCGGUGAUCAACCAACAACUCAAGAUAAUAAAACAAUUGUUGAUAAUGAUGAAAGCAUUACCGAUGAUAAUGAUACAAUAUCAAGUAGUGAUGAUGAAACAAAUCAUAUGGACAAGGACGAAACACUUCUUAAUCCUGAUACGAGAACAAAUGAAGAUGUUGAAAAGACUGAUGCAGCUAGUGAUGGUGAGUAUGGUUACUACAAUCCAAGAGACAAAAGAAGAUGGAAAGAAGAAGAAUAAGUAACAUUUUAUUAUACAAUUUUUUUAUGUGAUCUUUUUUGUUAUAUCUUAGUGUUGUAAAUAAAGCCUUUGCUUGUCUAUCAAUUAUUCGAUUUCUCAUUUUUUGCUAUAUGAACUUCGACUUUUUCUAUAACAAUUCGUAAAACUUACUAAAACCUCUGUGCAUUUCAUUAAAGCGGUUAUUUUUCAUGCAAAAACCUCAAAAUUCAUUUUUUCAAAAAAAUCAUGUCUUUCAUGCAGCCGAUUACAGAAAUCAUCAAAAUUUUGAGACAAAAAAAGGGGGUGUUAGAUCAAAAAAAAUGUCAAAUCUGAAAGAUCUGAAGACGGGCUAUCUUUCCAUGCAUUUAUCUCAAUUUCGAAAUUUUUGACGAAAAUUGACUUU